AACUUUGGAAUGACGAAUUUGUUAGAAGGCUUAAAUUAUGAUCCUUCAUUCGAAUCUCCCACAGCAAGUUUACUACUCCCAACAAAUCGUCUGUUCAACAAUGAAAAUAGACGUUCGUCUUUAAAUUUAAACCAAAAUUCUUCACCCCCAUUGAAACAGAGUAUACGUAAAGUUUUAUCUUUAAAGUCAGCGCUCAAUGUACGCAUGCGAACUACUAGUGUGUCUCCUUUAGAUCAUGUAUUAAUGAUGUCCGUCGAAUUGGAGAAUAACAUCGAUGCAGGUUGCUCAUUUUCCGUUGAGGAAGUUAAAGUAGAUAUUGAUCAUGGCUUUGUGACAAGAUACGAUUUUGAAUCGGCCAAUAAGCAAUCGGAUAAAUUUCCAAUAACGCUUCAUCCUGUCGACCAAGUUACGUUUUUAUAUAGUAUUACUAUUUUAGAAGAUCUAUCGCUUCCAAAAUUGUCUUCACAAUUUUGUCCCACGCCACAACCUCAUUCUAGACCAACAUCUCGUCGUACCUCCGUAUCAUCAGUAUUUUCGAUCACCUCUGGUUCACCUAUUACAGAAGAACGUCAACGUCACGUUUCAAUUAUUGCAAAAGGAUCACCGAUUCUCGAUGGAAUUAAGUGUCGGAGCAUUGAAUCGAGGUGGAAUUGCAUGCUAGAUCUAACUAAUCUACGAAGACGUGAAGAUUCUUUGCCAUUGCCUAUGCCAAUCAAUCCAAAUCAAAAAUCUAUGGCACAGGCAAAAUCUGGACAAUCUAGAAGCAGCACUUUAUUUUCACCCACCGCUUCAUCAACACCAAGCAAUUUUAAGGGUUUUCAUUCAACAUCAGACUCUAAUGGAAAGAUUAAAAAAGCAACAAAUCUUCCAACCAUACCUAACAACAAUACGAUUGGUAAUGGUAUUCUCACUGGGGGUAGAGCUCCUAUGACUUCCAGACCUAUGGAGAUGGAAGUUGGUGAUGGUGUUGUCGUUUCCUUCUUGGUUAGCUCCAAAGUUGUUUUGGUGGUGCCCAAUAAAAAACGGCCAAAUGAAAAGGCAAUCAAAAACAUACCAGUACCACCAGCAACGGUAAAAAUGCAAAAUUCAGCAGACCUACUUAUAAGUGGUAGUCAAGCAAACCAAUUAGAGCCAUUUAUGGAUGAAACGGAUUUCAUAAGGAAAUAUCUAGAGCAUGAAACUCCAGACUCUGAUAUUAUUUGUUUAGAAAAUAAUGUUCGAAUUGGGCCAUUGAACCCUUCAACGUGUGAAUCAGUUGCAUUACAUUUCAUUGCUAUCAAAGAAUCAAUGCAUAUUAUUGAUUUAGUUCAACUUGUGGAUAACGAUACUGGCUUCAUAACGAAUCUUAGAAAUGUUUUAGAAAUUUACGUUGCAAAGACAGUUACACCUAAAAAGGGAAAAAAAAUUCUUGACAUUGCAAAUGGUGGUAUGGAAGUACAG